GCUGUGGGAGGGCUGCAGGGUACUGGGUAGGGUAGGAGGACAGGCCACAAGUGAUGCCUGGUAUUUCUUCCACUGCCCCCAUGCUUAAGGCUGCAUUUCUGUCCGUGGUCCAUCUGGUAGUCUCCUACAUUACAAACAGCUGCUCCUGCUCAUCAGCCUUAGGUCUGUGCCCUCAUCUACUCCGUCCGUCCUCAAAGUCUGCAUCACCAGUCCCUCUACCCUGAUCUCUGCCAAGGAAUGAAAAAAGGGGAAAGAUAGGGAAAUAGUCAUUAUAGUUGACGAAAACGUUUAAGUUUUCUUUCAAGUUGAAAGAGUUCGUUUUAUUCUGAUCAAUUGACAGAUAGUGGAUUUGAUCCCUCAACACAUCAAGCCAACUGGUGAGAGACUCAAUUUUCUGCCCCAGUGGAGAGAGAUAAACAGCUUUCUGCCUGGACUCUAGACGAGAGACUCGACAUUGGGGGACAAACCCAGUCAUCUUUAGCCAGGACACUGAAAGAGACUAAGUUUGCUGCUUUACCUUGAGAGACACAACCUUCUGUGUCAAGACCAAGACAAGACAAGCAGUUUUCUGUCUAAACAGAGACAGAAAAGCCUAGAAAGAGAGACCAAGACCUCUGGAUUUCACCCUCUCAGGGACAGUUUUUGCCUUAAUACAGAAACGGAGAUUACGACUGUUCUACUACAAUAUUCCUUACCCCUAAUAUUGAGAGUCCUUCACUUUUCUUCCCUGUCACCUGAACACUGAGAAAACCUUUCUGCAUUCUCAUUUUUAACAGAAAAGGCACCAGCCUGGUCUAAGCAGCUGCAUCUCAGACUCCAGACAAGCACCAAGCACCGUAAAGUGAGCAUCAUUGUUCUCCUUUCCGAGGUAAACAACAGAAGGAGGAGGGCGGAAGGGCAGAGGGAGCACCUUCUUCCUCCCUAAAGUACCCCCAGCUGCCAAGACCCCAGUCAGGCCGUUCCAGAGGUGUGGUGUGUGACGGGUGAUGGCCGACUGGAGUCUACUGGGAAACUUCUUGGAAGAGGUGCAGGAACACUCGACAUCUGUGGGCAAGGUGUGGCUCACCAUCCUCUUCAUCUUCCGUAUUCUGGUCUUGGGCACGGCCGCUGAGUCGUCGUGGGGCGACGAGCAGGAGGACUUCACCUGCGACACGGAGCAGCCUGGUUGCGAGAACGUUUGUUACGACACGGCCUUCCCCAUCGCCCACAUCCGCUACUGGGUGCUGCAGAUUGUCUUCGUGUCCACACCGUCGCUCAUCUACAUGGGCCACGCCAUGCACACGGUGCGCAUGGAGGAGAAACGCCGGCGCAAGGAGCAGGAGGACCAGGGGGGAGGUGACGGGGAGGAAGGAGGGGAAGGAGGAGAGGAGAAGCAUUAUCUGGAGCACGGGGAAGACAAGGGGGGAGAGUGUGGGAAGGAGGGCAGCGGCAUAGGGAGGGUGCGUCUGCGCGGGGCGCUGCUGCAGACUUACGUGUUGAGCAUCCUGAUCCGGACGCUAAUGGAGGUGGUCUUCAUCGUGGUGCAGUACAUCCUCUACGGGGUCUUCCUCAACGCUCUGUACGUGUGCCACAGUCGGCCCUGUCCCCACCCGGUUAACUGUUACGUCUCGCGGCCCACGGAGAAGAAUGUGUUCAUCGUGUUCAUGCUGGCCGUGUCGGGCGUGUCGCUGUUUCUCAGCGCCGUGGAGCUCUACCACCUGGCCUUUAAGCAGUGUCAGAGGUUUCUGAGGAGUAAACGACAACAGCAACAACAACAGCAACAUCAACUGCUACAAGGACGCACGCCCUCAAGUGUUACGGUCAUAGCCGCUGAACCAGACAGCCCACCCCGUCCGUCCAUGCCAUGCACCCCGCCCCCAGACUUCAGCCAGUGUGUGAGCUCUUCCCCUCACACACACCCCAUGCACACCCAAUCCCACCCCCAUCCUAGCUGCCCUCCCUUCAACAACCGGCUGGCCCACCAGCAGAACUCAGUCAACAUGGCCACUGAGCGCCACCGUGUUGUCCACGAUGACCUGGGGAAGGAAAACUUCCUGCACAUGACCUAUGAGGGGCACGCCGACACGCCCAACGCCUGCAUCCCGCCCCCUUCGCUGCUCCAAAACGGCUUCCAAAAUGGCUACCUGAAAGACAAGAGGCGUCUGAGCAAGACCAGCGGCUCCAGUAGCCGUGUGCGACCCGAUGACUUGGCUGUGUAGCCCCAAUUCCCAACACACACACACUGUUCCUGGAUCGUUUCAAACACACACUCACACACACACACAGAAGAAUGGGAUGACUAUGGCUCGUCUGUUGUGGUGGACUAAUUUGAGCACUGCAUGGCACAAGUCAACAAAGUUACAAAGUAUCACAAGUCAUGAAACAGAAUACUCGAGCUAAUCAGAAGUCCUGAAAUAUGGAUGCUUGAGGAACAAUUGACAUACACAUUGGCACUUAGAUAUCAUUAGUAUGGGUCUCAGUCAUGGUUUUGAGACAUGGAUCCACGGGCACAACACAGCUGUAGAGGGGUUAGUGCCUUCAUAUUUAGCCCUCAGGGCUAAUCCCCUAAUGUGACUGUCUGAGGCAUCUGUCUGGAUGUGUCAUAAAUGGCACCCUAUUGCCUAUAUAGCGGCAGGUAGCCUAGUGGUUAGAGUGUUGGGCCAGUAACCGAAAGAUGGUAUCCCCGAGUUGACAAGGUAAAAAUCUGUGAUUCUGCCCCUGAGCAAGGUACUGUUCCCUGAAGACGUGGAUGUUGAUUAUGGCAGCCCCUCGCACCUCUCUGAUUCAGAGGGGUUGGGUUAAAGGUGGAAGACACAUUUCAGUUGAAUGCAUUCAGCUGACUAGGUAUCCCCCUUUACUUUUAACCAGGGCACAUAUAGCUUUGGUCAAAAGUAGUGCACUAUAUAGGAGAAUAAGGUGCCAUUUGUGACAGAGACAUUGACUGCUGUCUCUGAGUCUCUCCCUGAGAGACAGGGGGCCUUGUGCCAAACCUGAGACUGAGUGGGUCACUGCCACACUAUCAGCUCUGUGACACUGACUGGCUGCUGGGGACAGCUAAGUGGGACAGAUGACAGCCAGUCUGUCGCUCAGAGAGAGAGAGAUAUGUGAAGGGCGGCUGCCUGUCAGUGACCCACAAACGCACGCUUAGACAAAUGCUCUUCACGUGUAGGCUUGCUCUCUCUCACGCACGCGCACAUACACAUACAAUACAUUUACAGAGGCAUGCAGACACUUUCAUUGGCAUACAAUACAAACAUGCAGACACACCAUGGGAAUCCUGAUGUUGUAAUCACCUCCCAAAACCACUUCCCAAAACCAUUGUUACUAACUUUGCAAUUGAAAACGCUCGUAAUCGAACUUCUCGAACAGCUAAGUGUGUCAGAUGCUUUUUCGCCCUUUAUACACAGAGAUAUCUGCUAAACUUUGAAUCACAGUGUGAUAGUGUCUCUGUGACAUCGAUAACUUCAGAACAAAGUUGACUACAAAUACAAAGAUGCCAAUGUGUUUGCAAUUGAUACAAACAAGCAACGUAGAAAAACAUGCUUCAAAUGCAAAAAAAAUGCAAUUCCAGAAUGUAGGGGGGGGGGUAUGUCCCCCCCCAUCGCCAGUGAAAGUUGCACCCCUGAUUUUGCUACUUGUAGGCUACUGUCAGUAUUUGUCUCAACAUAUUCACACAUACGCAAUGAUGUGUCAAAUCGGUGAUUUAGUGCAUUUUCAUUGGGUAAGCAUUAUUCAUAAUAAGCUGCCUCAAUAUGUGCAGCAGUAGGUGGGAAUAUCUCUCCAGGAGCUGAUCCGUUUUCAGUAUUGUGAAAUAAUUAUAAUGUUAAGGAAAUAUUUGAACUGAGAAAGCUGAUCCGAGAGCAGCGCUCCCUUUCUUUCGAGCCUAUCAGGAUCUACACAAUGCUCCAACGAUGUACUUUGCGACCGUUCUCUCUGCGUGGUGUUUUGACAGACGCAUGAUACAUCGUUAUCGGAAAACCGGGCGGAGACCUUGAACGUGAUCUUGCCAAACAAGUGUAUGUCUAUUGUCAAGGAAAGACCGCUUUAAUUUAUCACUGUUAGCUCGUGAGUUAGGAGACUGAAAAGUAAGCCGGAGAGGAAUUCUCUUAAUUUUUGGAAAGUCAUUCCCUUUCAGAAUUAUCAAACAGAAGGGCUGAUAAAUAUAAAACAUAGGACCUAUCUUUUUUUACCUGGCAAAGUAUGUGGUCGAAAACUGAAAAAGUUUUGCACUGGUUUACCGAAUCUGUGUGUGUAGUGUUUUACAACAUCUCAGAUUUAUGUUUUGAAAUGUUUAACUAAAUCUAACUGCUAAUUCACAAAAAAAACGUUGUCUAGCUCAUUUUCAAUGCAUCUUUGUUUAACGUGAAUGAUUGUAUUGGGGUGGUGUCAUUGCAAUCACAUUUUUGUCAACUUCGCACAUUAGCAAAAAACAAUGAAAAUAUGUAUCUUUAGUGUUCCAAAUGUUUUCAUGUUUAUUUUAUAUGUAAAAGUAGAUAGUGUCUGCCAUUAAAAACACAUUUACCCGUGA